AGGUAAGUGCUUGGCAGAGAGUGCAGUCAAACACUACUACAGCAAGUGAGAGUAACCUGGUACCCGAACCAGUUCAAAAAAGUUCAGUUUAAAACAAAUUCAGGAUGGAAAUAGGCACAUUGUGAUCCAGAUUAGAUUAAAGGUAAUGUUGAGGUAGUCUUUUUUCAGUGGAAACAGGAGAAAUCGGGUCUGCUGUGCUUCAGUAAACUGCGUUUCUCUUCGACAAAGGAGUGUCUGUUCGCUGUGCAGCAGGUGGAUAACUGCGCUCAGGUACUGUAAUACGAAACUGUACCAUGUGACCAAUGGCCAUUUGAAAGGCAGACGAGAAAAAAAACUGUUUUACCUAAAACUCCAACUGCUGGUGUCGACAAGGAUGGCAGCCUUUUACUUAGGUGGCACGUAAAUCGUUUUUGUCUCUUAGUGUUACCUGUCCUCCAUUGGACUAAACCACUUGCUGCCCAGGCGGAAGAACUGUGUUUCAUGCGCGAGGAAUCUACCUGAUGUUUCCCUUUUUGCUUCGCUCACCUGAAACCAGCCUCAUCAAGGGUAUCAGAAGCUGAUUUAGGAGGGAUAUAAAUCCACACAGUGAAUGUUGCACUUAAUGAAAUGGAGCCGAGCUGAUGCCCACAAGUCCCAGUCUGCCGUCACUUGGCCUUGCUGGUCCCAGGACGAGAUGGCAGCCAGUCUGGACGUGAUGGCCCUACCUGGAGGAGUCGUGGUUGGGAGUGUUUUACUGCUGGUGCUGAGCAAUAAUCCUGUAUGGGGAAAUCACACCGAUCUUGCGAGGGAAACUCGUUUUAAUGAAACUGCAGGACCCAACAUCGCUGCGAUCGUGGCCCCCACGGUCACCCUGGGUCUUCUGGCCAUAGUCCUGGCGGUUCUCGCAUGGCUCUUCUGCGUGGUGAAAAAGAAGAGACAGACUGAAGGGACAUAUAGACCCAGCGCUGAGGAACAGUCUGGUUCAUCCAACGCCGCGGCACCAGAUGCUUUAAAGUUACCAAAAGAGGAACGACUCAUAUGAGACUUUAUGCGUUAUGUUUGCACAAAAAUCUGUAAGGACACUUGUUGCUAAAGUUAGCAUUGCAGCGUCAUUGUGAGACGAUGCUCUUUCUGUGAGCGUGUAAAUGAAAGACAAAUCUCCCCCUGGAUUUUAAGAAAGGACAGGUUGCCAAGUGUGUUCACACAAACAUGAUGCAUUCAUAUUACCACUUUCAAGUCAUCAAGCACCAGAUGAUUCCUGUGUGACACUGUGAAGAAAUACACCUGCAUGGACCUAGCUGAUUUCAAGACAAUUUGACAUUUCAAAGAAGGUUUUGAACAUUUCUGCGAUACAAAUAAAGCAUGAGAUUUAGUAUUUUUUAUCACUGUUAAUGAUUUGAGUUCUGGGAUAUUUCACUUGUUAAUGAUGUCUUAUUGUAUAUUCAACCAUGUACUUUGACCUGAUUUGAUUGAGUCUUUUAUGAAACACUGUCACCUCCAUCUUCUAUGCUGAUCUUUUACCUCAAGCUCUUGUUUAUUUUGCUAACAUGAGUCCUUAUAAGUGAGUCUGAUUCAACAUUGAAAGUGUUUAAAGUUUGAUAAUGAGAGUGUCUCAUCAAAGAGCAAAAAUCAUUUUAAAAAAUCUAGUUGUUUUUGUAAAAUGUGAUAUACUGAUAAAUUGUGUUUACACUCAAGAUCUCCUAUGUAAUGAACCCAAUUCAAACAAGCAAAAUGCAUCAGAAUCAAGCAGAUAUUGUAUUUUAAAAUGUCUAUUUAUGCUUUUGUCAAAUAGAUACAAAGUUUUUGUAAACUACUUGAAUGGUUAAACUUUGCAUCCCUGAAGAAAAUG